AUGCAUUGCUUGCAGGAUGUUGUGCAAAUCCAUGUGUGCACAUUGUGUCAGAAGUCAUUGACAGCAAGCUCCCCAUGGCAACCCAAGGACACAAUUGCAAAUUUUCAACAUUAUGGAGAUGUGGAGUUGCCACUCAAGGUUCAGGAAAGUAUUCAGUGUGCAAGUCUGUUGGAAUUAAUGCUGGUUGCUGCCUCUUUUUACAAAAAUCAGUGUUUCAACAGAGAUCUGACUGGGUUGUCAACUGUCCUCCCUCUGAUGUGGUGCAAUCUCUGUGGGGCAGUGUGCAUGGUUUUUGCAGGUGGGGCAUUCCAUCCAACUGCAGAGGCCUUGUGUAAACUCCUGCCUGUGCUUGUUAGCAAAAGGAGAGUGAAGUCUAUGAUUGAAUGGUUAAUAUCAAAUAAUGAAUGGUAUAUGAAGAAGGGAAUUAUGUUCAGCAAGGAGAAUUUAACAUGGUUGGGGACAGAGAUCACUCACCUUCAUAAUGAGGAUGGGCUUGUAGAUGCCAAUGGCAGUGUGGAUUGGUCUGUGUUAGCAACUGAUCUCAUCAUGGAGUCUGUUGCAUACACUGAUGGCAAUCAUUCUGAGCAUUUGCAGUGGGCCAUGAAGGCAACCACACUGGCUCAUGCCCUAAGUCACAAAAAGUUUAUAGUGAGCUGUUCAGGUUUGGAGUUGUUGAACAAGAACUUGCCUGGCUAUUUGACUGUGGUAUUUCCACACUUGGAUCCUUGGGGGAUUGGUGGCUUUAAUCAUCCUGCACAACAACCUGAUCAGCAAAUUUCAUUCCAGUGA